AGACUGUGAUUGUGCAACUGCGUGUGCAUGGGAACAGGCGCCUGCCUGGUCCUCUCUGCGAGACAAGCAACACAGUUUCCAUUUUGUCUCUUUCUAGGGGAUGUUUGUUCUGGGCCUGCCCUAUGCCAUCCUUCAUGGUGGAUACCUAGGACUAUUUUUAAUAAUUUUUGCUGCGGUGGUUUGCUGCUACACUGGGAAAAUCCUUAUUGCCUGUCUUUAUGAAGAGAAUGAGGAUGGGGAGAUAGUCAGGGUGAGAGACUCCUAUGUGGACAUAGCAAACGCUUGCUGUGCGCCCCGCUUCCCCACGCUCGGAGGCAGAAUCGUGAAUGUGGCUCAGAUCAUUGAACUGGUCAUGACCUGCAUUCUCUAUGUGGUGGUUAGUGGGAAUCUGAUGUAUAACAGCUUCCCAAACUUGCCUGUCUCCCAGAAGUCGUGGUCCAUCAUUGCCACGGCAGUGCUCCUGCCUUGCGCGUUCUUGAAGAACCUCAAGGCAGUCUCGAAGUUCAGCUUGCUCUGCACAUUAGCCCACUUUGUGAUCAACAUCUUGGUGAUUGCCUACUGCCUCUCCAGGGCACGUGACUGGGCCUGGGACAAAGUCAAGUUUUACAUUGACGUGAAGAAGUUUCCAAUCUCCAUUGGUAUCAUUGUCUUCAGCUACACCUCCCAGAUCUUUUUGCCUUCCUUGGAGGGGAACAUGCAGAACCCCAAGGAGUUUCAUUGCAUGAUGAACUGGACUCACAUAGCAGCUUGCAUCCUUAAGGGACUCUUUGCCUUGGUCGCCUAUCUGACCUGGGCCGAUGAGACCAAGGAAGUCAUUACAGACAACUUGCCAUCUACCAUUAGGGCAGUAGUCAACAUUUUCUUGGUGGCCAAAGCCUUGCUUUCUUACCCCUUGCCCUUCUUUGCAGCUGUAGAAGUCUUGGAGAGGUCCCUUUUCCAAGAUGGAAACAGGGCCUUCUUUCCUAACUGCUAUGGGGGUGAUGGGAGGCUCAAAUCCUGGGGACUCACCCUCAGAUGUGCCCUGGUAGUUUUCACCUUGCUGAUGGCUAUCUACGUCCCUCAUUUUGCCCUCUUGAUGGGUCUUACUGGGAGCCUCACAGGCGCAGGUCUCUGUUUCCUGCUCCCCAGUCUUUUCCACCUCAAACUCUUGUGGAGGAAGCUCUUGUGGCACCAUGUCUUCUUUGACGUAGCCAUUUUCGUUAUAGGUGGUAUCUGCAGCGUGUCUGGGUUCAUCCAUUCUUUAGAAGGCCUAAUAGAGGCCUUUAGAACCAAUGCUGAAGACUAAGGAGUGGCCAAAGUUGGUUGCAUUAAAAGAGAAUUGCAUUGAACAUCCGCAUAGCCAAAUAAUUCUGCAUCCUUUUAAUGAAGAGUCAUUAUUUUAGUUAUGUGCAUCCAGCAAAUUCUAUGUCAUAGAAUCUAAAAAUGAAAUGAAAUAAAAAGAAAUAAAAGUGUUUGCCCUACAGUCUUUUUAAAUAAGCUAAGAAUUAAAUAUUUUUUUUUUGUUAUUUAGGACUUUUCGAAGGAAAAUAUCUGAUACCCCACCCCAUCUCCUCACUAGUUGCCUGAAGCUUGGCUCCCAGCAAAUAAUCUAUUGGGAAACAAUUCGUUCUCAAUACCCUUUACAGAUAUGCAAUUCAGAGUUUCAGGAGCUGAAACACGGUUGCCAAUCCAAUGGAUUUGGUUUACUGUGCUUACAAUUAGAAGGAAGUUAAUAGUAUGUGCUGGGAGCAGGAACCUUGUGAGACAGAUGUAGAAGAGACCUAGAUUGUAUGAACAGCCCGACAAGUCCAAGCAACAACUGAUGACCAGUGAUGCCAGUUAACUGUAAUGUUUACACUGUAGUCACAUAGUCCAUAAAGACUGCUUAAUUCUUCCAUCUCAAUUCAUACUAAGGAAUGGCGCUUCCCAUCGAUUACGAUAUUUUGCCUCCGGCUGAAAUCACAGAAUCUGGAGUCCACUUCUUGGUGAUUUUUUGUUUGUUCGUUUGUUUUGUUUGAACAUGUGUUACUUCUAAAUUAUGAAAAGAAAAAAGUUGUUGGAUUUGACAUUGUUCAGGAUACAGAAACAAAACUAAGACACAACUCAUUCUGUGCAAUCUACCAGAUCCGUGGAGCUGUUUCCAAUGUAUGUGUGGUGUAAUUGUGGUAAAUAAGAUGAAAAAUGUAUAUCAGAAAAAAAAGUCUAUCUUUAACAUAUAAUGUGGUACAUAAAUAUAUCAAACAAUAAAGAGGAAACAUAACC